AUGAAUAUCUUCCGACUUUUCGGAGAUUUGUCGCAUUUGGCGGCGAUUGCCAUCCUGCUCCUCAAGAUUUGGAAGACGAGAUCGUGCGCCGGCGUCUCUGGAAAGACACAAUUUCUCUUCGCUCUUACAUUCGUUACAAGAUAUCUUGAUCUCUUCCUCCAUUUCGUUUCUUUAUACAAUACAGUCAUGAAGCUGAUCUACAUCGCUGCGUCCAUUUUCACAUGCUAUCUUAUUUUCUUCAAAUUCAAAGCGACUUACGACGGAAAUCACGAUUCGAUGCGCGCCGAAUUCCUCAUCGUCCCCGCUGCCGGCCUCGCCUGCCUUAUCAACUCAAAGUUCGACGUUAUUGAAAUCCUAUGGACCUUCUCCAUUUACUUGGAAGCUGUUGCCAUUCUUCCACAGCUCUUCCUCAUUUCUAAGACCGGAGAAGCCGAGACAAUCACAUCGCACUACCUGUUCGCCCAAGGUUCUUACCGAGCACUUUACAUUCUCAACUGGGUCUACCGAUACUACUACGAAAACCACGUCGAUGCGAUCGCCAUUGUGGCUGGAGUCGUUCAGACCAUUCUCUACUGUGAUUUCUUUUACCUCUACAUCACCAAGGUCGUCAAGGGCCAGAAGAUCGUGCUGCCCGCAUAA